UCUAAAACCUUGAUAUUAGUGACACAAAAAAGAUUAGGAUUCCUCAUUAUGUCAAGAUCAAGAAGACGACACACUGAGAGAUGUUCAUUUGUGGGUGAAUUAUUGGCUUUGAAAAGUCUAUGUUUAGUGUGUUGUGUUGUCCAAAGAGGAUCUUUUGUCCUUUCAAAUGCUAUAUGGUACCUUUGCAUCUGUCUGUGGCUUGGCAAACACACCCAAUGCAGUGCUGGGAUCUGCUCAGAGAGAGUAAACCAGGCCAGGCUAAUAUUAGAGGUUACAUAUUGCUGAUGGCUUUUUUAUGUUCCCAGCAUUUCUCCUUGUUGACAGCACAUGUUUCAAACACAGGGUGUUUUCAGAUCUUCUCAAGGUUGUGUGCAAAGAUAACAUUUUUGGAUGCGAGCGUGUGUGAUGGAACGAGUGACUAUGAAUUUGCAUGUGGUUCCCCCCUGAGGGUGAAAUGCAACUACUUUGCAUGCUUAAUGUGGGAGACAUAUGAGUUUCUAUGUUUGUGUAUGUGCUUAUGUAGGUGUGUGUAUGUGUUUUGCAUUAUAAUAAUAUAUGCCUGUUUUUGGUGUAUUCUUGUAUAUUUAGUAGGGAACCUUUGAAUAUUGUGUUGGACUAUGGGGGGCCUUUGAGUCAAAUAUGUCAGUAAUUGUGAAAUUCUGGGAGUUUAUAGGCUAUAUGAUAAUGAAAAAUGAAACAUUUAGUAUACAUGGUUCAUUUUUCAUUAUCAUAUAGCCUAUAGACUCCCAGAAUUUCACAAUUGGUUCUCUGUGCCUAAUCACUUUAAGUUAUCGCACAAAACCUCCCUCCAACAUUUCCUGUAUCAUCAUUGGUUUCCAAAGAAAUAACCAAGCGGGAAUCAUACACUAACGUUAGGGAAACGUUCUGGGUUUAUUUCAGGGCAGGCUUAUAGCUCAAUGCAAAUGUGCUUACUCUCAUCACAUGUAAUGGUGGUGAGGCACUAAAUUAGUUUUCCACUGAGAGAAACUAAUUAGUGGUAGACAGAAAGCGAGAAAACACAUAGAAACCCUCACAAAGACUCUCUCAAGAGAAUUUCAUGGUCUGUGGUGUGUUUGUGUUGCUCACGAGUGCAGUGGUCUACGUGAGGGUACGUGUUUCUUCUAGUGUGCUCGGUCCCUUGCUCACAAUUUUUCUUCCUCCCUCCCUUCCCUUUCCCUCUCCCUCUCCCUGUCCCUCCCUCUCUCUCUCCCUCUCUCCAUGUGUGUGCGUAGUCUGGGCGCCCUGCCAAGUGGAGUGUGUUUUUUGAAUGAAUACCUGAUGAGGCUGCUGAGGCUGACUGGGGGAGGAGGAGCCGUGUUCUCUAGAGCACUGUGUGUGUAUGUGUGAAGAGCAAAAAGAGAGAGAGAGAGAGAGAGAGAGAGAGAGAGCUGGCAGUCAGUUUUCCUUGCAUAACAUACGCUGUAGCUCUCACACGUAGGGCUAGUGAAACAGCGCAGACGAGGGGACUUCCUUUACCCUCGGCCCACCGAGCAAUUGUCGAAGGAAGUGGAAGAGAGUAAAGGCAGGGGGGAACAUUGGACAUGGAAGAAGACAUAAAUCAGAGGACUGCAUGUGUGACCUGAUAGCAGAGCUAAACCUGGACAAAGGACAGCUUGCCAGUGGGUAGAGUGAGUUACACUCGUAGUGCAGAGAGAGAGAGAGAGAGAGAGUUGUUAAAGGCUCCCCUAUAAAGAAAGGUACGGACUUAUUACCAUCAGUGAGAGAUGAUUCCACAUGAAGCACAUGGAACCUUUUAUUACAAGUGUCCUGACAAUGGUCAAGACUAUGAUAAAAACGGAGUAAAGUAAUAGAACAAUGAAAAUCUUGACAACUGAGUUCUACUUUGCACUCUAAAAAAUCCUGAUCAAGACGUGUGGGUUAAAAUACAGGACAAGCUCCAAGACCAUGAAGUCUAACCAGGAGCGCUGUAAUGAGUGCCUUCCGCCGAAGAAGCGGGAGAUUUUAGCUCUGGAGGAGAAGCAGGUGCUGGUGUCAGCUGCUGUUAGUGAGAGCCAGAGUGGAGAGAAUUUGGCUUGGCUAGCCAGCGUUGCUACCAUGGCUAGCAUGGCCCACAUCCCCAACAAUGCAGGCCCAUCACAGUGCAACAGUGCUGAGCCUGACAGCCCCCCACCAUCAAAUAAGGCUCUCACUGUGGUGACGGAAUAUCCUCCAACUACUACAUCUGCUGGCUUUUCUUUCUCUUCCAAUAGCUCCACAUACAGAGGAGUCUUCUCGGGGCCUACCGUGCUAACAGCAAAUCCUACGGUUCUCUCCACAAGCCUUCCUCAAACCAUAGGCUCUGUCCAAUACACACAACUUCCCCCCAAUCUCCAGCUCAUAGGGCCCUAUACAAGUUAUAUCUCUUCACAGAUUGUGCCAUCCACAACCAGUCCAACACAGCCACGGAGGACACCACAAGAGGUCUUGGCUACAACAGCUGUCAUCUCCCAAGCAUCCAGCCUUGAUUCACAGAAUCAUCAUGUGAUUUCUUCUAUAUCAAAUGUUUCCCACAGUCAAUGCAUUCAGGUAGAGAGUGCUCCUUUAGGUUUGACAGUUUCCUCCCCUUCUGUCCAACUGCCCCUUCAAAUCCAUCCACACUCAACUGUCCUUGCCCCUCAUGCCCUGGCUCUCACCCCCUCUCAAGUGGUUCUACACUACACCGAUGGCUUCAUUGCAAAGCAGCCGGACUCCCAUCCCAGAGAGGUGCAAAAUGGUGCACUAGGAGAGGUUACAGUGGUCAAGCACAGUACUACUAUGGCCAAAGGGAUCUCUAGCCGACCAGAAGGUGACCAGAGCCACAAGCAAACUCAUAACCUAGGCCUCCAGACCCAAGCUCAGGUUUUGCUCCCAGCAGACUAUAGCACUCAUGACAGAGCAGGACUGCAGACAUCGCUGAUGUUGGUAUCCAGUAGCCACCUUGCAGCAAACAGCAACUCUGAGCUCCAAAGUAUCUUGGGUAAGGACCACUCAUCUUUGCACCUUGCUGAGAGAGGGGGUAUAUGCAUAGGCAAGCCAAUGUCCAGAGUGUCCACUCUUACGUCCUCAGACAGCCAAGUUUCUCCGGCCUCCACAAUCUCCCCACACACACUCCUGCAGGCUCCUCACAACACUCCCCAACAGGAGCUCUCCACCAGCCUUUACCCUGCCACACAGCUCCCAAUUAUUGGCUACAUCACCAGUGCUUCUGGUGGACCCCAGCAAGCAGUAACUGGUUAUCAGAGCAACCUGCCACAGCACGUGGUGAUCUCAGGCAAUCCCUCCUUGCUCAUUCCGGUUAGUGCCACUAACAUCAAUCCAUCUCCUGCUGAGCCAGAGGUCACCCACUGUUCUGUCAUCCCUAGUGUAGCCAAUGCAUCAACAGCUCUGCCUCAGACCUUUAUUAAUACAUCCCCACCUGCAGCUGCAUCUUCAGUCCUAGCCAAUGGUAAAGACAUCACUGGGUCUGAUGGAAGUCAUACCCCCUGUGCCAUGCCAAGUCCAACCCAAAUACAGCUGCCUGUUCUUUCAGCCAGUGUAGUGGGAUCUCCAGUCCCUGUAACACCUCCAACAUCUACAAGUCCUCACAGCUCACCAUCAUCACCAUCAGCGGGCCUACCACCAUUCUUCAUGAAGGGCUCUAUUAUCCAGUUGGCAGACGGUGAGCUGAAGCGCGUGGAGGAUCUGCGGACAGAGGACUUUGUGCAAAGUGCAGAGGUGAGUGGAGAACUGAAGAUUGACUCCAGCACUGUAGAGCGCAUAGAGUGCAGCCGUACACCCAAUGCUGUCAUCAUACAGUUCUCGGUGGGAGAGAACAAAGCCCAGGUGUGUGUAGAAGUCCUGGUGGAAUACCCUUUCUUCGUGUUUGGUCAAGGCUGGUCAUCCUGCUGCCCUGACCGCACCACCCAGUUGCUAGCGCUAUCCUGUGCCAAACUCUCUGUGGGUGAUGUUUGUAUCUCUCUCACCCUUAAAAGCCUAAAAAAUAGCAUUCAAAAGAAAAAUAAUUUUUCAGAGUCUGUGAUGAAACACAACAACCCUUUGAAAGCAGCCAAAAACAAUGGGCCCAUUGAGGAAAGACCAACCCAAAUGGAGGAUCUUAAGAAAGGACACAAAAUUACAUCAAGAGUGGAGAAUAGUGUUGAAGGAACACUGGUUGAGACUUCCAACCAAAGAAAUGUGUUGACCCUCUCAGAGAAUGGGGGCAUAAAUCCUCAAACACUGGUGAACCUAAACAACCAGGCAGAAAAAACAUACACGUCUAGUGCAGAGAGAGCAGUUAGCCGCAAGAGGAGAUGGUCUGCCCCAGAGAAAGGAGAAAUGUGGAGGUCGCAAGAGGACCCUCAGAUUUUACCCAAAUUUUCCUGCCUCCCACAUCAGCUGAAGGUCAGCAUUGAGGGCCGCUCCAGCACAGGUUGCUGAGGGCCUUCUGAACACCAUAGAGCAGUGAUAGGGAGUUGAUUUCUAACCAAGAAAUACAUUCAUUAGCCUUACUUGAUUAAUUUGAGAAAUCACAUAAAGUUGAUCAACUGAAUAAAAUUUGCUUUUGCUUGGUGCCCAAGAAAAUGCUUUUUCUUCAACCACAAAGACUCACAAAAAAUUCCCCAUCACUGCCAUGGACUCAAGGAGGGACAAGGAAGAGCAGAUUCUCCUUUUGGUACUUUGCUUUUUGUUACUUUGUGUUGCUUUCCUAUGACAUUCAUAUCCAGGUUACUGUAAUGUUAUAUCUUUUUACACAAGAAUGUGUGUGAUCAUUUGAGUUGUAUCAUAUGUAAUAUUAAUCUUUAGACUUUCCUUUUAAAUCAGCUGGAAAUGACAAUUUUGGGUUGUAUAUUGCAAUGUCUGACCAUUUUCUUUCUCAGCUUGCUACACAUUUAUUAUCCAAUUUAGUUUAUUGUUGUUUACUGAAUUCAUUCAUAAUCAGGGCCUUGACUGGAUAAGGACUGUUACGAGGAUUGAUGGCAAAAGGUGAACAGUGAGAUAUGAUAUUUGUGUGAGUAUGAUUACAAGUGAUUUUGAGGAGUUGUGCGAGCACGAUUAUCUCGACAGAAGCCACCUUCCACUUGUUACUGCCCCCAUAAUCCUGUGCUUAUAUGUCAGCUGAGAAUGACAGGCUUUGCUCAAGUGACUACUCUGAAUCAGAUCUAGGUCAAGUAUAGCAUCAAGAUACAUUGAAUGUUUUACCCUUAUAUUUUAAUUCAAUUUCUGAUAGUCUUCUAGAUAUGCAAUACUGAGCUUUCACAUACCUCAUAUGUGCAUUUAACAAAUAACCCAUCAGAUUGCCUGAUCGGAUCUGUGAGUGAGAAAGCGUUAAAGAAAUCUUCACAUUGUCAAACUGGCUAUGUGUAUAGAAGUCUCCGCUCAAGUCAGAAUUAGCACUUUAAAGGAAAGGUUAAGGGAAGUUGAAUGAAUGAAAGGAUGGAAAUGUUCCGACUUCUGUUUUGUUACUACAGCAACAGACAGUUUUGAGAGCUGUUAGUCAUUUUGUGCAUUACUAUCCAUUUUAUGUGUAAAGUGCUCCUCAUUUAGUAUUUUUAAAUUACUGAUGUCUUCUUUUCACGAUUUUAAGUAUUGUGGGCCUUUCUCAGUCCAGCUGCAAUAAUGAACUCUCUGUUAAAGACACAAUAUAAUCACCAUACAUUGAAAACUAAAUCGAUGCCGCAUUCUUGAUGUUUAAAACAAGCAAAAUUUCACAGGUUUAUCCCAAAUAGAAAUGGCCUUUUUGUAUCAAAACUUGUUUAUAUAAGACAUUUAGCAUCUAAUGAAGUUAACAAAAUUACAUAAAUAAAAUGUAUCCAGAUAUAAUACUUUAAUUCGCAAGAAUCAGUGAGUCAAAGGAGAAUGCUAUGCUUUGUUCAAUCUGUUCUGCUAUUGGAAAUCAAAAUUUCCAAUGGGCAAAAAUGGGAAAAUAUGGUUUGUGGAAAUUAGACAUGAUUUAGGAUAUUUUGAAUGGAUUAUACUUCAGUCCCUCACAGUCUAAUUUUUGUUUGCAUCAAAUUAAAUUUAAGACUCAGACUAAUGUAUGUCAGCCUCAGUGGGUCUCUUUUAAAAAUUUAGAUUUCUUCAUAAUUAGCAGUAUGCCGCUAAUGGCCUAAACAUGGAAAGUCUUUGUAUGUUCUCUGCAGAAAGAGAGAGUGGAAAAAAGAAAAAAAGAAAUGAUGAAUGUUGAAACAUUAUCUAUUUUCUCUGUGUCUUUAUCUUUGCUGUGCUGGUCAUGCUAAACAAAUUUAAAGGAAUUAAUUUAGUACACUGCAAUGACAAAUUACAGAUAAUGUAAUAAGACAACGUUUUUUAUAUGACAAAUCUAAUUGCUAUAUUCCAUAAAUAAAAGCCUCAUGGGAUUGUCUUCAGAUUUUUUUUUUUUUUUUUUUCACAAAAUAAUUCUUAUCUAACUCCACUGACUGCUGUUAUAAAUACAGAAAAAAUCUUGGAAUACAUAUAAAAAAUUUGCUAUUUGCACAAGUAGAAAUUUUAGUCUUAUAGUUAACAUUGCCAGCUCUGUAGGUCACCUAAAAACUAUACAUUUUGAUAUGUGUGGUCAUGAGUGUGAGAUUUUUACUCAAGUCAGUUUGUUGACUGACUUAAGAAAAGGUAUUGUUGUGUCUAGAAUUAUAUUCAGAUGGAAUCACAGUAGACCUCAUAUUGUAGACGUAAUGCUUGAUUGCACAUUCAGUCCAAUUUGGAUUUGGAAUUUAUGCACUUUUGAAGAGAGAGGACAAUGAAAGAGAAAUGAAAGGGAUGGUUGAUUAGUAGCCUCACAUAGCUACAAUUUGUUCAAUACAGUCUAUUGUAAUGGUGAUAUUGGUAAGGCAGUAGAAGACUCAGUGCUAUGACAAUAGACUAGAAACCAUUAUAAAAGUGUCAAUGUUUUUGGAUUGUUGUUUGUUUCAUAUGUAUCAUUGUUCUCUCUCUUUUCUCUCUUUUUUCCUGUGUAGCUAUGUACAUUUAAACCUCAGUGUGUUUGUGCACUGUGUGGAUAACUUCAUUGAAGACAGUCAGGUUUCAACACUGCUGGCAACGUUUUUAUCCAGUGUGUGCUUUUCUGUUUCAACCUAACAGUGAUUUAUUAUCAUCUACAUCAAAUAAAACCUUUUUUUGUUUAAAAAGAAGGCUGUCAACCACUUGAAGGCAUAAAAGCAUUAUAGCGAUUUAUAGUCAAACUGAAUUCUCAGGUUGAGAAACUGGCCCGAAGACUGUUUCUGUUCCUGUAUUUUGCAAAAACACUGACUUACACACAGUAACAAUGUUACAAAUGAAACUAAACUGGAGUUCAUUUUAGCUCCAGUGCUAUGACUCAUGGGAAGUCACUGGCUGACUAUUGCGCCCUCUACAGCCCAUCACUGUACAUGCACCCAAUGUAUAAACAAGGCUAACUUUAACGAGCAUGAUGACGUGUUGUGAGUGUAGCUCACAUGCUUGCUAUUGAAAAUGUGUUCAUAUGAAAAAAUAAAACAGUCUGGUGUAUGUACAAGGUUGGGCAUCAAUAAUAUGGCUUUAUAAGGCUGUCCAAAGGCAGUCAGAAUUUGUUGUAUGCAUAUGCCUCAAUGGUCCAUAGCCAGGAUUAGCUCUAGCAAUACCACAAGGCCUCAUUAAGGGUUGAAAGACCAAACUUGACGUCUAGAGAUUGACCUAUAACAUACACAGUCACUGAUCCCAUUGUUUGUCGUUUAAAGAUAUUAUUGUAAAGGAAGUUCUAGAUCUUUUACCUCCUGGUAACCUCAAUCGCCAGAGUGACACUUAUCUUUAAAAAAAGAAGAAAAAAGCACAUAACUAAUUUCUCAUUUUCUUAUAUAUUCGAUGUAAAUGACUAUAUUUGUGUGAUUCGUUGUACCUGUGAUAUUUUUCUCAUUCUUUGAAAAGCUCUUUUUCUACAAACUGACAAAAAGCAAUUAAGACAGAAGUCAACCUCAACUUUUCUAACUGUGGUGUGUUUAUGUGAACAGAGCAUCCAAGACUGUUCAGUGAAGUCAGUGAUCAUUUCUUUGGUGGUGCUUGCAAGUUUUUGUAGCUGUUUUGAUUUUUGUGAAAUGGAAAGGAACGUCGGACUCGACUUUUGGCGAAUAUGUCAAUAACUUCCUGUAUAGUACAAAUCUAUUGUAUCUGUAUAAUCACUCUAAUAAAAUACUGUGCCAAUUUUA